AUGGCGUUGAUGUACUCAGCGAGACACCUAGUAUUGAACAUUGGCGGACCGGCAGAGCUUUUGGCCGUUGCUGCUCUUUCCCCCGACCUGAGCAUCGUACCUGGUGUUCGCAUUCGAAUGGCAGACGAUGUCCUUGUCGUGGACUCGGGCAGCGCUUGGUGUCGGAAAAUACGACAGGUGCAAUGGAUGCCGUCACAAGUCGACUACCUCCUUGCGAAAGCCGUCUUUCCUCUUAGCUCUGCGGUUGUGCUCUUUGCCGACUCUCUUGGCGAUCUGACACAGGCUGCGAGGGUAAUAGCUGGGUUAAGCCGAUUUUUACCAUACGUUGAUGAUCUGCUGCCACCGUCCCUGAUUGUCUUGACCGUCAAGGACUGCACGCAGGAGACCUUUCAUAGUCGGGUCACUGACGAGCUUCUUGACAUGCUUCGGGUUGAGCACCCCCACGAAGGCCACAUUCGGCAUACUAUCUACGACCGCUGGCGAAGCCGAGUUCGUUCGGUGCAGAUUAUCCAGAAGCGGCCGCCAGAUAGCUGGUCGGACAUUUUUCGAUCUGCUACUCUGACUACCCAGGAGCGCUGGAAUUACGGUUUCGGCCUUUCGGAACGAGGCUUUCAACGCUUGUGCCGUCAUGCCAUCGAUAGUUAUGAGAGUGGGAGCUUUCACUGUCUUCGUGCACGGGGCGUACAUGACCAGAUCACGACAGCGGCGCAGAAUUACUUGAUGACCUUUCUUCGCUCUUUGAACGACAUCAAAGCGGAGCACGUCGAGGCCAUCGCAUCCUGUGUUGCUGUCAAUGCCUACCGGGAUGACGCGUAUGGCGCGUGGCUGGCGGAGGACUACUUCAUCCGCAACAUAUCUCUCCCCGACUGCGCACGGAAACUAAAGGGCCAAAGAACAUGGCUUCCGGCAAGAAACACCGGGCGGGGUCAGAACUGUGUCGCGAUUCAGCUUGGGGUCAAAGGUACAGCAAACUAUUCCGUGUCCGACGUCAACAGUGUACGCGCCAGAGCAAAGAGAGGCUGGGACAUGUUGCUAGAAAGGCGCGGUCGCACCAAGACUACAAUAGCAUCCACUAUUGCCCACGAGUGUGAGCUAGCAUGGCAGCGUCAGCCGGCUCUUGUCAUCAAUUGCGACAGCCAUAGUGCUCGCGAAGCCGUGCAAAGGAUGUUUGCAGGGCUGUUCUACACGGAGGUGCAGUCCAUGCCGGCCAAGACAUCAGUACCUCCAUUUUCCUGCCGGCUGUUGGUGAAGUGUCGCCUUGCGUAUGGGCGUCACCUGAAUGCCGUGGUCCAUUCACUAUUGGAGCACUCUGUCAGGGUGUACUGUGAAGUAUCUGGGACCUGCCACAGGUCUACCAUAUGCGACUCCUCCGGAUGGCAGGCGUAUUCAACGUCCACGAAAACGAACUUCACCUACUCCAUUCCUGUCACCAUUCAGGCGCUUGAAGAUGAAGUGCGAGUCCGCAUAGAUGGACUUCGGGAGACGGAGACGGCGCUGGAUGUUGCCAAUUCGCCUGCCCCGUUCUUUGAACUCUUAGCCAGGCAAAGUAGCUAUGAUAUCGAAGUCACAGACGACGAAGAUACUGCGACUAUAUUCACAGACAUGGCAGCCGAUUUUGACGAAGAAAUCUCUGCAAUUCAAGAACAGCUACUGGAGUUGAUGUAA